ACAUCACUGGACAUCAUGUAUGGAUUCAUCAACACCUGUCUGCAGUCUCUUGUGACAGAGAAGUUUGGUGAAGAGACGUGGGAAAAACUGAAGGCUUCUGCAGAAGUGCAAGACGCCUUCAUGACCUACACCGUGUACGACGACAGCAUCACCAUUAAGCUCAUCCAAGAAGCCUGCAAGGUCCUGGAUGUAUCCAUAGAAGCCAUUCUGAAACUCUUUGGAGAAUACUUCUUCAAGUUCUGUAAGGUGUCUGGCUAUGACAGGAUGCUGCGGACCCUGGGAGGAAAUCUCACCGAGUUUAUUGAAAACCUAGAUGCCCUUCACAGUUACCUGGCACUGUCUUAUCAGGAAAUGAAUGCUCCAUCCUUUCGCGUAGAGGGAGGAGUUGACGGGGCAAUGCUUCUCCAUUACUACUCGGACAGAAAUGGCCUGUGCCACAUUGUACCAGGCAUCAUUGAAGCUGUGGCCAAGGACUUUUUUGACACUGAUGUGGCCAUGAGUAUCCUUGACAUGAAUGAAGAGGUGGAGAGGACUGGGAAAAAGGAACAUGUUGUGUUUCUGGUUGUGCAAAAGGCUCACAGACAGACAAGAACCGCAAAAGCAAACAGGUCACAGGACGGUGAGGACAUCGACACAAAGCAAGAGGCUCUCAAGACAAGGCUCCUUAGGAAGAAGGAGAAAGUUUUGAACAGCGCUGUUUGCCCUGGGGAGAAACCUCACUGGGAUGUGAGGGCAUCAGUCAUGUCUGGAAAUGGGCCCCUCGGGAACACCUUCCAGCCUGUCUAUCCCGAGAGACUGUGGGUUGAAGAGGAGGUGUUCUGCAGUGUUUUUCCUUUCCACCUUGUUUUUGACGAAGCACUAAGGGUCAAGCAAGCCGGAGUGAAUAUUCAGAAGUAUGUCCCUGGACUCCUGACCCAGAAAUUUGGGAUAGAUGAGUAUUUCUCCAUCAUACACCCUCAAGUCACCUUCAGCAUCUCCAGCAUCUGCAAGUUCAUUAACAGCCAAUUUGUCUUGAAGACAAGAAGAGAAAUGAUGCCCAAAGCAUGGAAGAGCCAGCCGGCACUCAAACUCCGGGGUCAGAUGAUCUGGAUGGACUCUCUGCGCUGCAUGAUCUUCGUGUGUUCUCCAAAGCUCCGCAGUCUGCAAGAGCUGGAGGAGAGCAAGAUGCAUCUCUCUGACAUCGCUCCCCACGACACCACCAGGGAUCUCAUCCUCCUCAACCAGCAGAGGCUGGCAGAGAUGGAGUUGUCCCGCCAGCUGGAGAAGAAGAAGGAGGAGUUGCGAGUCCUCUCCAAGCACCUGGCCAUUGAAAAGAAGAAGACAGAGACCUUGCUGUAUGCCAUGCUGCCUGAACACGUGGCCAACCAGCUCAAGGAGGGCAAGAAGGUGGCUGCAGGAGAAUUUGAAACGUGCACAAUCCUUUUCAGUGAUGUGGUAACAUUUACCAACAUCUGUGCGGCCUGUGAACCUAUCCAAAUAGUGAACAUGCUGAACAUAAUGUACUCCAAGUUUGACAGGCUAACCAGUGUUCACGAGGUCUACAAAGUGGAAACAAUCGGUGAUGCUUACAUGGUGGUAGGCGGAGUACCAGUGCCUGUUGAGUGUCAUGCCCAGAGAGUCGCUAAUUUUGCUUUGGGGAUGAGAAUUUCUGCAGAAGAAGUGAUGAAUCCUGUCACUGGAGAGCCCAUCCAGAUCAGAGUGGGAAUCCACACGGGACCAGUCUUAGCAGGUGUUGUGGGAGACAAGAUGCCUCGGUACUGUUUGUUUGGUGACACUGUCAACACAGCCUCUAGGAUGGAAAGUCACGGGCUUCCCAACAAAGUGCAUCUGAGCCCCACGGCCUACAGAGCCCUGGAAAACAAAGGGUUUGAAAUUGUCAAGAGAGGAGAGAUUGAAGUGAAAGGGAAAGGCAAAAUGACCACGUACUUUCUGGUCCAGAAUCUGAAUGCCACCGAGGAUGAGAUCAUGGGGCGACCUACAGUUGUCACCAAUCAGAAAGUGUCUGACGAAGUCACACCUGCUGGGAGCCCUGUGGCAGGGCCAGACUCCACGGAUGCAGCCAAUGGCCAGCCACCGCCAGAUCAGACCAAGACAAGUUUCCCUGCUAGUGGUCCCGAGCCGUCUGUCUUCUGUGUUGUUUUGUGAUCAGG